CAGUACUGUGUAGUUUAAUGUCGCAUUGCCAAUACAAUUACCACAAGUAAAAUAUACGUGCUGCUUCCUUUCCUGCUCUCAAUCCAGUACUUUUUCAGCAGUCACUUCCUGUCGCAGUUCAGAUUUGAAAUCGCAUACAGCAGCAUGACAGACCGGCCAGAUUUUUUUUGUUUUGUUGGUUUUAGUUAAAUUAACCGUAAGCAAAAUGUCGCCUAAUAGUAUUUAAAAACGUUUUAUGGUUACAGAUUCAUUGAUGAUGGAGAUGCGAAACACCAAAGAACCUGCAGGAUGCUGGAGAGUCCUCGCCCUGUCUUUGCUCUCGAUACACCUCUCCCUGUCCCGAGGGCACCUGAACCAAGACACCAUGGAAACUGAUGUAUUUGAGCCAGCCAGUGCCUUCUCAGACCUGGAGUUUGGGGCUUUAAAUACAUACACAGGCCCUGGCAACAACGACACUAGGAGCAACAAGGAGCUGCCGAUCAUUCUGUGGUGGAGUGCCAGCCUCUUUCCCCAUUUCCCUGGUCAAACUGAGAGAAUCGACUGCCCCAGAGCUUCCUGCCUGGUUACCAAAAACAGGAAGGUGCAACUGCACAAACGGACCAAAUCCAUUAUCUUCUACGGGACAGAUUUCCGUGCGUACGAGGCCCCCCUGCCGCGGUUACCCCACCAGACCUGGGCACUCUUCCACGAAGAGUCGCCUAUGAACAAUUACCUACUGUCGCACUCUCCUGGAAUCAGGUUGUUUAACUACACUGCCACCUUCAGACGGGAGUCUGACUAUCCUCUCUCCCUGCAGUGGCUGCCUUCCCUGGACUAUCUAACCAGGCCAGCGGUCUCGCUACAGGAGAAGAACCGCUGGAGACGGGACGGGUUGGCUCCGGUGCUCUACAUGCAGUCUCACUGUGACGUGCCCUCUGACCGGGACAGAUAUGUUCAGGAGCUCAUGAAGCACAUCCAGAUUGACUCUUACGGUAAGUGCCUAAACAACAAAAAGUUUCCCAGCCAGAGACUGGAGGACACCUCCACUGCCACUAUGGAGGAUGGCGAGUUCAUGAGCUUCGUCUCGCGCUACAAGUUCCACCUGGCUCUGGAGAAUGGUAUCUGCAGCGACUACAUGACGGAGAAGCUGUGGCGGCCCAUGCACCAGGGUGCCGUGCCAGUGUACCGUGGCUCCCCCUCUGUCUCAGACUGGAUGCCCAACAACCACUCCAUCGUCCUGAUCGACGACUUCCCCUCUCCGAAGGAACUGGCAGACUUCCUGCUCUCUCUGGACCGGGAUGACGCAGAAUAUUUGCGCUACCUGAAGUACAAGCAGCUUGGUGGAAUCACCAACCACUUUCUGGUGGACAGCAUGGAGAGGCGAGAGUGGGGGGUGAACGACAUGAGCAAACCCAACUAUCUUAACGGCUUUGAGUGUUUUGUGUGCGACCGGGAGAAUGAGAGGCAAGUGGUAGAGAGAGCCCACAAGAGGGCACCACUAAGUGUGCCACCCCCAGAGCCCAGGAUUGCCACAAAUAGCCACAUGGGAUGCCCGUUGCCCACACCAGGCUAUGGGAAUGUGGAAGACAUCACAGAGAAUGACAGUUGGAUGCAGAUGUGGCCACAGGACUACUGGCAGAGCCUGGACCAGGCAGAGGGGCUGGAGGCCAUGAUUCUCCACAACGAGACAGACCCUGGGAAACUGUGGGAUUACAUCCAUGACAUGAUGAUGAAGAGGGGCAGGCGUCACUGAGACCCAGAUUCAUGAUUCAGAACUGCCAGUCUGAGGCAACACGCAAACCAAAGAGACCAUUCUAGCCUACACCCAUGGCUACACAAAACUGGAGGAGCCGUACAUAACUUGUGCCAAAAUCAGCCACAGUUUGCUCGUCAGUCUUGGGCAGGCUACAUCCAAACCAGUAACUCUCCAGUCAGUAUUUGAUGCAAGGAACACUUGGGACUGGGCAUCCUCGCAGCAUUGUGCCAUGAAAAUGCCCAGUUGACACCGUGAUUGUAAAAUGCCACCAAUUUGAAUCUGUGCACAGAACCUGAAAUAAUAAAUACUGGGCAGUGAUGUGUGUAUCAUGAAGUCUGUUAUUGUUUUUAUACACUUUUUUAUAUGUAUGUUUUAUACAUGUUCAAUGACAGUGCUACUGCUCAUAUGUGUGGUACUGUGUGUAAAAUCCUUUUUAAAUAAAAAAAAAAAAAAAAUCAAUAAAAAA